CUUGUAACAGGGCUAAGAAAGAAAUAAAGCACUUCCACCAUCAUAUCAAAAAGCAAAAGCUAACGAAAAAGAAGAGAUAGCUAAGGGAGAAAUUCAAGGAAGCUGGAGGGUUUCUGUGGAAUCUCGUUGAAGAAGAAGAAGAAGAAGAUGCAGACAAGCGAGUCGCAGCAGCCUCAGAAACAGCUAGCGGUUCAAAACUCUGGGAGUCUCAGCUUCAGCUCUCAAAUGUCGAAAGAAGAUGAGGAGAUGUCAAGGUCUGCUCUUUCUACCUUUAGAGCCAAAGAAGAAGAGAUUGAGAGGAAGAAGAUGGAGGUCAAAGAGAAGGUUCAAGCACAGCUGGGUCGUGUGGAAGAAGAGACCAAACGAUUGGCCACGAUUCGUGAGGAACUAGAAGCCAUGGCAGAUCCCAUGAGGAAGGAUGUCUCUCAGAUCCGUAAGAGGGUUGAUUCAAUAAACAAAGAAUUAAAGCCACUUGGUCAAACCGUCCAAAAGAAGGAGAAAGAAUACAAAGAGGCCCUUGAGGCUUUCGACGAAAAGAACAGGGAGAAAGUCCAGCUAAUCACCAAAUUAAUGGAGUUGGUGAGUGAAAGCGAGAGGUUGCGGCUUAAGAAGCUGGAGGAGCUGAGCAAGAACAUUGAUUCCCUGCACUAACAAGUAUAGCCUUCUAGUGCUGUUAACUGAUUUAGGUUCGUGUGAUGUAUUUAAGGUUAAUUAUUAUAUUUAUAUGUGGGUGGCUUUUGGGUUUGGUCUAUUGAAUCAUCUUGUUUGUUUUCUUAGCAUCAUUUGUGAAGCUGAUUUAGGACGGAAAAAACCCACCCUUUUUAGCAAGUUUGUAGCUAAAAGCAUUAUGACUGCAUUUGUUAUUUUUUUUUUUUCAUUUUGCCAUUUGUUCAAUCUUGUAGUGUUUGUUUAUUUCAAGCUCUUGCGUAAUUUGGUAUUCGUAUUCUUCUUCUUCUGA